GAUCAGUGGAAUAACAAGAAGAACUGGAUUUAGUUUCCAGUUUCUCUGCCUGCCGGGGAUACAGGCUCUCAUAUACUCACUUAGCAGGAUAGUUUCUACUCCAGGGUACAGACAACUACAGAGUACAGACUACAGAGAGAGAGAGCCCUACUGUCUGUUGUUAGUAUACUCCGGAGUAAGCAACAUGUCCUGGGUUCACGUGUCUCAAUCUUCUCAUUUUCCAAUCCAAAACCUUCCCUACGGAGUAUUUUCCACCAGUGAGAAUCCUACACAUCGUAUCGGAGUAGCUAUCGGAGAUCAAAUUCUUGAUCUUUCUAAAAUUUCUCAUCUUUUCUCCGGACCUCAGCUCUCAAAACAUCAGGAUGUAUUUAAAGAGACAACAUUAAACGGUCUGAUGUCUCUCUCCCGUGCCUGCUGGAUGGAAGCUAGAUCUACCCUGAUAUCUCUCCUCACCGUGGGAAACCGAACCCUGCAAGAUGAUACAGAUCUCAGGACUAAGGCUCUGGUUCCUCAGGACGGAGCUAAGAUGCAUCUACCAGCAAAAAUAGGAGACUACACUGACUUCUAUUCCUCCCUGGAUCAUGCAACCAAUGUCGGAAUCAUGUUCCGAGGGAAGGAUAACGCACUCAUGCCAAACUGGAAAUAUAUUCCUGUUGGAUAUCAUGGUAGAGCUUCAAGUGUAGUUAUAUCCGGAACACCUAUCCGGCGACCCAACGGUCAAACCAAACCUGUUGAUGCCGAGCCCCCCGUGUUUGGACCUUCAAAACUUAUGGAUUUCGAGCUCGAGAUGGCAUUCUUCGUCGGGGGUCCAACACCACCCAUGGGAGUUCCGAUCUCGAUGGAUAACGUUGAAGAUCAUAUAUUUGGAAUGGUUCUAAUGAAUGAUUGGUCCUCUAGAGAUAUUCAGAAGUGGGAAUACGUUCCUCUUGGUCCAUUCCUAGCAAAGAACCUUGGAACAUCGAUCUCCCCCUGGGUGGUUUCUAUGGAGGCGUUGAAACCCUUCUCCGUGGAGAACUAUCCACAAGAUCCUCAACCUUUCCCUUACCUUCGACACCAGGAUAAAUAUACUUUCAACGUGGAUCUCACGGUCUCCAUUAAACCUAAGAACGGAGAGAAUACUGUAGUUUCUCGGUCUAAUUUCCGGCAUAUGUAUUGGACUAUGAAGCAACAGCUGGUACAUCAUUCUAUAUCAGGCUGCAACAUGAACCCUGGCGAUUUACUGGCUUCAGGAACCAUCUCAGGACCUGAACCGAGUUCCUUUGGUUCUAUGCUUGAGUUAUCCUGGAAGGGAUCAAAACCCGUCCCAAUGCAAGGAGGAGGAGAGAGAAAAUUUCUGCAGGAUGGAGAUACAGUUAUCAUGGAAGGGGUAUGUAUCGGAGAAGAUUUCAAGAUUGGGUUCGGUUCGGUAGAAGGAACCGUCAUACCUGCUCUUCAGAUGUAAUCAGUCAAUCAUUUAAUCAAUCAGAAUAAUAAAUCAUAUUUUUCUAA